CUGCUGGGAGUAACUAGUCACACACCACAAGGAGCGAUGUGAGAGGAGGAGACACAGGGAAGUGACAGACAUCAGCCUGGAGCAGAAGGAGGCAGGCAACUUGGGAAGCGGUCAUGUGACAGCAGAGAUCACGUGCUCUGGGAGAUGGAGGAGGGGGCACGGCAGAGAGAUAGGCCCUGCAUAGAAGAGACAAGAUAGGCAGCGGAGACUGGGGAGUUGGGUCUGCACAGAGGCAGCCACGAGAUUUCUCCUGGAUUAACACACCUCCUCACAACUCACUACAGCACAGCACUGCCAAAGCCAACUUGAUUGCAUUGCCCUAUGCUGACAAUGUGCAGGCCGCUAUGCACACUAUGAACUUCAUACAUCUACUAGCACUAGCACUCCCAACCAGAGAAGAGAAGCCAGACUGGUGUGGUGUUUCAGCAUCUGUUUAAGUAACCAAGAAACCUAUGUUCAAUUGGACUGUUCUUUAGACAACAAACCAUUUACAAAAUGCCUAGACGUUUGUUUUCGGCACAUUGAGAGAAGAAAAAUAUAAAUUCCACCAAGAACUAUAAUUAAGGGCAAGGAAAUGUGUUUUUCUGCAGAACAUCAGAGACCAGUAAAUAGCAGUGUCUAAUGUGUGGUGAUAGUGUGAAAGAAAGCACGUUAGAUUAAAGCGAGCCAAGUCUGGGCAUUCAGCUGACAAAUAGACUUCACUGUGCACUGUGUGAACUGGGUCGUGAAAUUAAUUUACUUUUUCCCUCCAUUUCUUUUACUCGCUCUCCUCUUACUUCCUGAAAUGGCCUAAAUGCCAUUUAAAUCAUAAAUUGGCGGUUGACUGGUUCUUGAAAGGAGAAAGGCAUGCCUACUUUCUCUGUUUCUUAAAAAUUAUCGGUGGCUUGAAAUAAGAGGCCUGCUGCACCAAUAACAGUAAGAGCCUGAAGCGUAAAGGGAUAAAAAAGGCACUGUAGAUACUAAAGUGAACUUGUAGAAACACUUUUUCUUUUACCCACCUUACACCCCUUAUCUGGAACAUUUUGAACCAUAAGGUGUGAGUUAUAUGAAUGUUGCUGGUUGUAAUGGUUUGCACUUGAGAUUUGUAGUGAAGUUUGCUGAGAGCUGAAUAUAGACUAGAAUACCUUAUUGGAAAUGUAAUUAAUUAUGAUUGCAUUGUUGUUUUAUCAGUGUUUUACAAGGAAAUGUUUCACUUGCAGUAACAUCAGCUACUCAUAAUGAACAUGGCAGAUAUUCCUAUACACCUAUGUCUUGUUGGAUCUAGUGAGGAUUGUCCACGUUUUUGAUCAUACGUCUUGAAGGAACAGUGGUUUGUUUGUUUUUCUCACGUGGUCAGCUCAAUAACCAAAAUGGGGUUAGCAAUAGCUGUACUCUAAGGAACGUAGUAGUUUAAAAAAAAAAAAAAAUCUCCUUUGCACAACUGGAUUUUAUUUAAAGCUGUCAAAAAAAGGUGACCUGGAAAUAAUUUUUGCACAGUUUGUGUGCCUUUUCCUUCUGCUUUUUAUGCAAAUAUGUGUUGGGUGCAAGAACCUGCCAGAGCGUGACCCUGUGUCCAAAAAUAAUACGAGUUAAAGCAGUUGUAUUGUGCAUUUAGAGGAAAAUGAUGCAUGUACUUUUAAGCCUUAAAUUACUUGAAACCUUUUCAAUCCUCUCAUUUAAGGAAUCAUGUUUGUGAUGUUAUUGAAGAGCUCUGUUCUGAUGCUGAAACUGGAAUCUCAGGCUGCAUACACUUUUGCAUAGUAGCUUACUGGUUAAACACAUUAGGGGAAAAACACAAAGCGGGACCAGUAAUCAUGAAUGUCCAAAAGGAAAUCAACCACACAACCUUCAUGACAAGAAUCCAGACUGCUGGUUAAUUUUUUUAAGCCAAAUGUCCAUCGUUGUUUUGUACGUGGAUAUCUGUUACUAUGCAUUAAGAGGAUGUUCAUCAGCGCUGACUAUUUAACACGCUCAAGGUCUGCUUUGAUGCUUUGAAAACUUGGUCUAACUUAAAUGAACCUAACUUUGGGAACUUGACUUAUUUACUUUAUUUUUAUUUAUUUUUACAUCUGGGUGGUUUAGCUAAAACUUUACGAAAGCAUGUAUGCAUCUGUGGAACAUGGGCCCGUUCUUUGCAGCGAUUCCAACAUCUUAUGCCUUUCUUGGAAAGGAAGGGUGCCAAAAAGUGAGAAGGAAAAACCAGUAUGUCGAAGGCGCUACUAUGAGGAAGGGUGGUUGGCAACAGGCAAUGGAAGAGGGGUUGUAGGAGUCACUUUUACUUUGAGCCAUUGCCGGAGAGACCGAAACACUCCUCAGAGGACCAACUUCAAUCUACGAGGUCACAAUAGUGAGGUGGUGUUAGUGAGAUGGAACGAACCUUUCCAAAAGUUGGCAACCUGCGAUGCAGAUGGAGGAAUAUUUGUGUGGAUCCAGUAUGAAGGCAGAUGGUCGGUGGAAUUGGUCAAUGAUCGGGGAGCACAGGUGAGUGACUUUACCUGGAGUCAUGAUGGCACUCAAGCUCUGAUAUCAUACCGAGAUGGAUUUGUGCUUGUGGGUUCAGUGAGUGGUCAACGACACUGGUCAUCUGAGAUAAACCUGGAGAGUCAGAUCACUUGUGGUAUCUGGACCCCAGAUGAUCAACAGGUCUUGUUUGGCACUGCAGAUGGUCAGGUUAUCGUUAUGGACUGCCAUGGCAGAAUGUUGGCGCAUGUUCUCUUACAUGAGAUGGAUGGCAUUGUGAGCAUGUCUUGGAAUUAUCCCAGCUUCCUGGUAGAAGAUAGCAGUGAAAGCGACACAGACUCCGAUGACUAUUCUCCACCACAAGAUGGCCCUGCUGCAUAUCCUAUCCCAAUGGACAAUAUCAAACCGCUGCUAACCGUAGGAUUUACUUCGGGAGAUAUCAGUUUGAUGAAUAACUAUGACGACCUGUCAUCAACCAUCAUUCGCUCAGGGCUGAAAGAUGUAGUGGUUCAGUGGUGCACACAAGGAGAUUUGCUGGCUGUUGCAGGGAUGGAGAAACAGAAUAUUUUACCUGAGCUUGCCAGUGGUCAGUCUCUGAAAAGCGCCCUCAUCAAGUUCUACAAUGUCCGUGGAGAACAUAUCUAUACUCUGGAGACCCCAGUGCAGCGUCCAAUCACUUCCAUUUGCUGGGGCCACAGAGAUUCACGCCUCUUCCUGGCUUCAGGUCCUGCUCUCUAUGUUGUCCGUGUGGAACACAGAGUUGCGAGUUUGCAGCUUCUCUGUCAGCAAGCAAUUGCUAGCUCCCUCCAUGAUGACAAGGACAUAAGCAAACUGAUCCUGCCUCCCCGGCUCUGCUCUUACCUCACCACAGCCUUUAUACCUACCAUUAAGCCUCCUAUACCUGACCCCAAUAACAUGCGAGAUUUUGUCAGUUACCCGACAUCAGGAAAUGAGAGGUUGCACUGCACUAUGAAGAGGACAGAGGAUGACCCAGAGGUUGGGGGUCCAUGCUACACUCUUUACUUGGAGUACUUGGGAGGUCUAGUGCCUGUUCUCAAAGGGCGUAGAAUUAGCAAGUUGCGUCCUGAGUUUGUUAUUAUGGACCCCAAGACAGACGGAAAAACAGAUGAAAUCUACGGCAAUGGAUUGAUUUCCACAGUUAUAGACAGCUGCAAUUGCUCAGAUUCCAGUGAUAUUGAAUUGAGUGAUGACUGGGCCGCUAAGAAAUCUCCAAAGAUUACAAGAGCUAGUAAAUCUCCCAAAUUACCUAGAAUUAACAUAGAAGCAAGAAAAUCCCCAAAGCUGUCUCGAACUGCACAAGAGAUUACAAGGUCCCCUCGAUUACCCAUAAGAAAGCCUUCAAUUGGGUCUCCAAGUUUAACUCGCAGAGAAUUUCCCUUAGAAGACAUAACCCAGCAUAACUAUCUUGCUCAGGUCACAUCCAAUAUAUGGGGAACCAAAUUUAAAAUUGUCGGAUUAGCGGCAUUCUUACCAGCUAACCUUGGAGCGGUUAUUUAUAAGACGAGUUUGCUGCACCUCCAGCCAAGACAGAUGACUAUCUACCUUCCAGAAGUGCGAAAAAUUUCCAUGGAUUAUAUUAAUUUGCCAGUAUUUAAUACAAAUGUUUUUAGUGAAGAUGAAGAUGAUUUACCAGUAACUGGAACAUCGGGGGCACCUGAAAAUAACCCACCUUGCACUGUGAAUAUCCCCAUUGCACCUAUUCAUAGUUCUGCCCAAGCCAUGUCACCAACUCAAAGCAUAGGCUUGGUUCAGUCAUUGCUAGCCAAUCAGAAUGUCCAGCUGGAUGUCCUGGCCAAUCAGAUGGUAGCUCCUGCUCCGCCAGAUCAUUCAGUAGAAAAUGCUGUUCAGUUUCCAGCAACAAAUCGUUACUCCAAUCCAGGGCAAGUAAUAUUUGGUGGAGUUGAAAUGGGGCGCUUGUUGCAGCCACAGCAGCCCCCUUUGACAUACCCACCCCAGGGUUCAGUACAGAUGUCUGUUGACCACAGUGGCAGAGACCAUGAACAUUCUCAGAAGCCAAAACCUUUGCGUCCAAUCCCUCAAUUUGCAGAAGGAGAUGCUGUUGUUUUCACAACUGUUCAAGAAAUGCAGAUGAACAAGCUUAAUCCUCCCCCUCCAUACCCAGGAACAAUCCCAGCUCCUCCAACUUCAGCAGCACCUCCACCGCCAAUCCCACAGCCACCUGUGGAUCUCUGCCUAAAAAAAGGAGACUUUUCCCUGUUUACCAGUGGCCAUUAUCAGACUCCCCUCGGAUAUGAGCGGAUCACAACAUUUGACAGUAGUGGCAAUGUUGAGGAAGUUUGCAGGCCACGAACCCGAAUGCUCUGCACUCAAAACACAUACACCCUUCCAGGUCCAGGAAGCUCAGCAACAUUAAGAGUUUCUGCAACAGAAAAGAAAAUUAAGCAACCUUGCACCAGUGCCACGCUAAAUAGGCUCACUAUUCCUCGAUAUUCCAUACCUCCAGGAGAUCCACCACCAUACCCCGAGAUCGCAGCACAGCUUGCUCAAGGAAGGAGCGCAGCUCAGAGAAUAGACAGUAGUCUUAUCCAUGCUACUCUAAGGAGGAAUAGUCGUGAAGCUGCUCUUAAAAUGGCUCAGAUGAUGGAUAAUCAGAGAGCAACUCUACAACCACCACCCAAGUCAAAGAGCAAUGUUGUGACUGGACAGUACCAACAAAGGACACCAACAGCAUUGUACACUUGUAGCCAAUGCAGUAGUAGCACUGGAGUUAUGAGCAGUAGCAUCAGUAAUCAUAGUGGCAAUAUGAGCACUAACACCAUAAGUGCUGUAAAUAUGCGCCCGGAUUUAACCACCGCUUGUGGUCCACAGCAGAGUACUGUUAUAGUACACUCUGCCAGCACUACUCCUUUAGCAUCCCAAUCCUCAUAUAAUUUAUUAAGUCCUUCUGAAAGUUGCAGAGACAGAACAGAUUAUAUAAAUUCCGCCUUUACAGAAGAUGAAUCUGUUUCCAUUCAUUGUCAGGUAGAAAAACCAGUCAGACAUAUAAAUCAUACAGAUGCAGGACUUACAAUAAAACGUCCCCCACCAUAUCAGUGGGACCCAAUGGUAAGUGAAGAUGUAUGGGUUCCACAAGAAAGAACAGCUCAUAAUACAUUGCCAAUUCCCCGCAGGCCUCCACCCCUUAUCCUUGGGCAGGGCCAACAUUUAGAUAUGUCACGUGUUCCAUUUUUGUCUCCGAAGUCACCUACCAGCCCAAUUUCUACAUUCCAAACAAACUUUGGAGUUGGCAUACCUUAUAAUGGUGGUUAUAAUGUCCCACCUCCUCUCCAGCAAGUACAAAAACCUUGCUCCCCAAAGGAAACUUUAUCUCCACCACAGUUUUUGCAACAGGACCCCACCAUAGUAGUACAAUCGGCAUAUCCACCAAACCUGCCUUGUUGCCCCUUGCCGCCUAUGUAUCCUGGAAGCAGUAACUGCAAUGGUUUGCAGCUUCCUGCAAUAGCGCUGCACCCUUGGAACACAUACAAUGCAUGCCCACCAGUGCAGAACUCACAUUCUACCCUUCCACCAAAACCUCAUUUGUUGCCAGAAAAAAUGGUCAUCUCACCCCCUCAGACAGAACUCCAAAGUAAUGUGGGCACAGAAGUCAUGGUAGAAACUGCUGAUAAUUUGCAGGAGGUCCUAUCCUUAACAGAGAGUCCUGUGCCUCAAAGAACUGACAAAAUUGCUAAGAAAAAUCGUAAGCGUUUAGACAGCCGAGCAGAAGAAGGAAAUGUUCAGGCUAUCACUGAGGGCAAGGUGAAAAAGGAAGCAAGAACUUUGGGUGACUUUAAUUCCCUGAUUGCGAGCCCCCGGUUGGGAAGAGAAAAGAAGAAGGUAAAGAGUCCAAAAGAUCCUUUAAAGUCUAAGAAGCUAAAUAAGACAAAUGAGUUUCAGGAUAGUUCAGAGAGCGAACCUGAGCUCUUCAUCAGCGGUGAUGAACUAAUGAAUCAGAGUCAGAGCAAUAAAAAGGGAUGGAAAACCAAGAGGAAUCUUAGAACAGCUAGUGACUUAGAUGAGUUUAAGUGUCGAAAAGCAAAUGAUAAAGAUGAUGGCAGGUUGGGAAGCCAAGGAUUUGUCUAUGUUAUGGCCAACAAGCAGCCUCUAUGGAAUGAGGCAACACAGGUCUACCAGUUGGACUUUGGAGGUCGGGUGACUCAGGAAUCCGCCAAAAAUUUCCAAAUAGAACUGGAAGGUAGACAGGUAAUGCAGUUUGGAAGGAUUGAUGGCAAUGCCUACAUUUUGGACUUUCAGUAUCCCUUUUCGGCCGUCCAAGCCUUUGCAGUUGCUUUGGCUAAUGUGACUCAGCGCCUCAAGUGAGCUCAGCACGGGACACAAACAUUUAAACUACAUUUGGAAUAUGGGAUAACGCAGCAACAUUUUAAUAGUAUAGAUAGCGCAAAUGGAUAAAAAAAAAACAUUGAAGCAUUUCAACUGGAAACAAACACUACUGCCUGUGUGAAGGCACUGUGUGUUUUUUUUUCUAUUAUUAGUUUUUUUUUUUAUUGCAAUAUUGCUGAUGGUUGAACCAGGAGCCAUUUCAUGUUAUGGGUGGGACUGUGGCUUUUGACUUGUAUUGAUGGAUCUGUUCUGUCGUGUUUGGUGCAAUAGAUGUUAGAAUAUUACAUGGGAAAAACUGCCUUAUUUAUAAUAAUAUUAUUUUUUUGAAAACUGUAAACUAUGUGGUUCAUUGACCUGUUUCCCUUCCCCCCCCCAGUUUGUAGAAUCACAAACUAAAAAAAUGCAACUAAACAAUAUUUUUAAUACUUGAAUGCAUUAAAAAAAUUGUGUGGGUACUGAAAGUUGUAUAUAUAUCUUUACUGAGGGGUUCUACGUUGAAUUAUUUCUAAAAACUUUGUGUUUUGUUAGCAUUUUCAGGAACAACCGUGUUUUUUGGUUUGGAUUGAAGAGCAUCUCUAUACCAAAUUGCAAAGCUAUUUUGUGGGUUUCCUUCUAAGAAGAUGAGAGGGCAAUGUUAAUUAUAUAGUGUGGUUAAAUGAACUAUAUGAUGGAAACCUCUUUUAUAACCUGCCACUUCUAGCCCAAAGUUAUUGCACUCCAAGACUUCCGCAUGAACAUUUUUAAAUCAAUGAUAAUGAGAACAUUAUUGCAUUGACCCGUACUGUAUUUAUUCAAUCAGUAGUAGUAGACUUGAUCCAGGGGACCCAUGCUACUCAAAUGAAACCACAGAACAGAAGGGGCACGCAUUUUACAGUUGAGAUGAUUAUUAUUAUUUUUUUAAUUUUUUUUUAGGUUUUGUAAAGUGAAACGAAAUGUAUUGCAAUCUGUGUAGACAUUGUUUACAUCUGUACCUAAAAACUACACCUUUUUAGAUUUAAUGAGUCAUUUGUUUGCCAAUGUAUUUAGUUUGUAUGUGGCUCUCCCUCUGUUAGCCGAUUAUGCACUUUUUCAGCUCAUAACAGAUCAUCAGUGUUGGAGCAUGAUUUUUAUUUUAUUUUCCCCCCUCUAGUAAUGUUUCAGGCAGCAUGAAUAUGCGGUUUGUUUUUAUUUUGUGUUACUGUGCUACACAAAUUUACCAGUGUGUUUAACUACAAGUAAAGAGUACCUGCUUGAUGUUAAGCCAGCACUGUCGUGCUAUGCAUCAUCUCUAUGGGGCAGAUUCACUUUGCGGGUAAAGCUCCUAGUUUAACGCCCUCAAUUUUUCUGCAUGCACCCCAGGUGGAACACUUGCUGGUAACAUGCUGUAACCCAUAUAUUCUGCAUUAUGUAGAAAUCUAUGUGUUUUUCCCCCAGGGGGUGCAUUUACCGCUGAUGUUUUCUUGAGGUUGUGGGGAUAAAUCUGCAUUGAGUGCACCUUCUGGGGCUUAACGCGGGAAGAUGCAACUUCUGAUUGAAUUGCUCAAUACAAAGAAAGAAGCCACUAAUUGAAUCUGCCUCUGUGUAUUGCAGGCUUCACGGCAGAUAGGUGGAUAACGGAAGGGUAUAUACAGUAAAUGGUAAAUGUGGAGCUAUACACAACUAUACAUACUGGGAAUAAUUCAACUGAAUAAGUAUAAUCUUACCAUGCAAGUUGCAGUUGUACAUUAUAUUUGACUUCCCCUGGAAAUGUGAUGGAAAAUAUAGGAAAAUAAAUAUGUCAGAGAAUAUUACACCCCAGCAGAUAACAUGGGGAAAUGUGCUAAUUAAGUACAAUACAUAAAAGGUUUAAAGGCUGUCUAACUCAUGGGGAGAGGGUCUACAAAGAUAAAUAUAUUGGCAUACUCUACAGUGCAGCUCCUUUUCCUGAGUAGUUGAACCUGCCAAAAUGUAAACAUAGUAUUUCAGAUUUUAGCAGCAGCAGGCGGCAGUAAAAGAUGUGGCAAACAGACUGAGCAACUCUGCCUUUGGCCACCGUUUCCAAGCAUUCCCCCCCUGAAUAUUACAUUUCCUGCAUUUUAGGACGUCAUCAGAUGCACUGAAGUCUGGUUGUUUCUUAUCAUUUUAAAUUAAACCUGGUACUUGA